GCGUAAGAGGCCCCCCGGGCGCGCGGCGAAGGCUCACUGCGCGGCGCGGGGUCUGGGGCCAGGACGCGAUGGCAGCUCAGCGGCUGGGCAAGAGGGUGCUGAGUAAGCUGCAGGCUCCGUCGCGGGCCCGCGGGCCGGGGGGCAGUCCCGGGGGGCUGCAGAAACGACACGCGCGUGUCACGGUUAAGUACGACCGGCGGGAGCUGCAGCGGCGGCUGGACGUGGAGAAGUGGAUAGACGGGCGCUUGGAGGAGCUGUACCGCGGCCAGGAGGCAGAGAUGCCCGAUGAAGUCAACAUCGACGAGUUGUUGGAAUUGGAGAGUGAAGAGGACAGAAGCCAGAAAAUCCAGGGACUCCUGAAAUCGUGCACGAACCCCACAGAGGACUUCGUCCAGGAGCUGCUGGUGAAGUUGCGAGGCCUCCACAAGCAGCCCGGCCUCCGCCAGCCCAGCCCCUCCGGUGACAGAAGCCUGAGCCCCCUCCAAGACCGGGCCCGGACCUUGCCGCCCUGACACGCUCUGGCCGCUGAGGCCCCCCCGCCCCCCUUCCUAGUGCCCUCCUGGGUUGUUUAUAAGUAGUAUUUAAUGGUUCUGUAACAGUAACACUGAGUGCCUGUUUUUCCUCUCCCUGGUCACUCCAGGCU